GUUUACAUCAGUCCAUCGUUUUACUGGUGUCCGUUUGUUUUGCAUGCCUUGAAAUAUGGCUGCAGUGAUUACUGAUGCUGGAUCAGAUGAGAAAGCAGGCAUGCUAAAACAUUUGCUGUUUGAUUACUUCUUCACAAGAGCAUCAUGCCAAUUCGAGGGCACACAGUAUGUAAGACGAGCUGAUCCUGAAAAAUUGCAAGAGAUAUUUGAAAAGUAUGCUAGCAUUGAAAAAAAUGGAGAACGUUUUAUGACCCCCGAAGAUUUUGUACAAAAAUAUCUAGGUUUAUUUAAUGAUGCUAACUACAAUACGAAAACAGUUCAUUUACUUGGCAGUAUUUUGGAUACUUCAAAAGAUGGACUUAUAUCAUUUUUGGAGUUUCAAGCUUUUGAAGCCGUACUGUGUCGUCCUGAUGCUUUGUAUAUUACAGCUUUUCAGCUUUUUGACACUAAUGGUUCAGGAUCAAUUACAUUUGAUGAAUUUGAAGAAAUCAUUAAGCACACUACACUUCAUCUCAAGUUACCAUUCAAUUUCAGCAGUGAAUUCCUUCGACUACAUUUUGGUGGUGAUAAACUACGAGAAAUCAACUAUGGUGAAUUUACCCAACUACUUCACGACUUUCAUGAAGAGCAUGCUAUUCAAGCAUUCAAAACUUAUGACAAGCAGAAAAAAGGGUUCAUAUCUGCCAUGGACUUCAGUAAUAUUAUGAUGUCUGUAAAGAGCCAUUUGUUGAGUGAAGAUGUUAAACGUAACUUAGUUGCUGCUGCUGGUGGAACUGCUGGACAUCAAGUGUCAUUUCCUUAUUUCAUGGCAUUCAACACAUUAUUAAACAACAUGGAGCUUGUAAAAAAAGUUUAUUUAAAUUUCACAAAAAACAAUACUGCUUUAGAAGUGACAAAAGAGGAAUUUUUAUAUGCUGCUCAACAAAUGUCACAAAUCACACCACUUGAAGUCGAUGUAUUAUUUCAAUUAGCUGGAUUUUUGCAUGCCGAUACUGGGAGAAUAACAUAUGACGAUCUUGAAUUGAUAGCUCCUUAUAGGCCUACAAAAUUUUUAUCCCGUCCAUUUGCAGAAAUGAAGGCUGUUCAGAGUCCUGCGGAAAGGAGCAUCGGAAUACAGAUUUUAGAAAGCAUGUACAGGUUCGUUUUAGGCUCAUUUGCUGGGGCUUGUGGUGCUACUGUAGUAUAUCCAAUAGAUUUAGUAAAAACUAGAAUGCAGAACCAAAGAACUGGUUCCUACAUUGGGGAGUUGAUGUAUCGCAACAGUUUUGAUUGCGCAAAGAAAGUCAUUCGCCAUGAAGGUUUCACCGGCCUGUACCGGGGACUGAUACCUCAGCUUGUAGGAGUAUGCCCAGAAAAAGCUAUAAAACUCACAAUGAACGAUCUUGUUCGCGACAAAUUGACAAAUUCGAAAGGAGAAAUUCCUGUCUGGGGAGAAAUAGUUGCCGGAGGCUGUGCUGGUGCUUCCCAAGUGAUGUUCACCAAUCCUUUGGAAAUUGUCAAAAUUCGAUUACAAGUUGCAGGCGAAAUAGCUGCCGUGGGGAAGAAAGUUCGUGCCUUGACCGUCAUUAAAGAUUUAGGCCUUACAGGUUUGUACAAGGGUGCUAGAGCAUGUUUUCUUCGUGAUAUUCCCUUCUCUGCCAUUUAUUUUCCUGUUUACGCUCAUACGAAGUUGAAAUUUGCUGAUGCUGAUGGACACAAUGGCCCUGGUUCUCUAUUACUAUCAGCUUGUAUAGCAGGUGUUCCUGCUGCAUAUUUAGUAACUCCUGCAGAUGUUAUCAAAACUAGACUGCAAGUAGCUGCUCGUGAAGGGCAAACAACAUAUACUGGUGUACUCGAUGCCUGUAGAAAAAUCUUCCGGGAAGAAGGCGGAGCUGCUUUUUGGAAAGGAGGACCAGCUCGAGUGUUUCGAUCAGCACCUCAAUUUGGUUUUACCUUGUUGACAUAUGAAAUUUUACAAAGGAUGUUUUAUAUUGAUUUCGGUGGAAGGAGGCCAACAGGUUCUCAGACUAAAGUUCCAAUGCAUGCGGGAGAAACACGUUCUCUGAAUCCUGAUCACAUAGGCGGCUACCGAUUAGCAAAUGCUACGUUCAGUGGCAUGGAAUCUAAAUUUGGUCUUUUCCUCCCAAAGUUUAGGACGCCCAUUGAAAAUAAAUUAUAAAUAAAUAAACAAAUUAAAAUUUUAGUCUGUAUAAAUCUAAUAGUUUUUAGAAUCCAUCAAAUACUGCUUUCAACAAUUUAGGAAUGCUUUAUUACGAGCAAUUUAGAGAUUGUAUAUCUUUCGGAAGUUUCAGAGUUUUAACUUGAAAAGUGAGUAACAAGUGUUCUCCUCUUAACUUGCGAGAGGGAGAAAGAGACGGAGAUGGUUGAAAAAAGCUGGAUGUUUCAAAUCGGUUUUUGCCUUGGCUGAAAAAUUCUUAAUCCUGCAAACAUAAAAAUAGAUUUGCAAAUGACUUUUGCUGGCUAAGCUACAACAUAUGAUGGCUAUAGAUUACUUGUAAAUAAAUUUAUUUUUGUGAUUUUCAUAAUUGCGUUGACAAAGCUGAAAUGUGAGGAGCUCUUGCUUUCCUACAAGAGAUCACAACUGCUUGGAAAAUGUAAAAAGAAUAUUUCAGCUAAUGAUGUUGGGGUGUUGUAAAGUUUUGUACAAGAAGCUUUGCCUGCGAAGUUACAAGUCUCAAGAAAAGAAAACAUCCUAAAUAUUCAAUGAAUGCUCUUGUUGAAGAAAGUUGUAUUAUAGAGUUGUUUGGAAUGUUUUGUUGUAUGAGGUGAUAACUUAUCAUAUUUUCACCUAGACAAUUGAAAUUUUGCUCAAAAAUAAUGCAUAUUUAGUUUUGAUAAUAAUUCUGUUUAAGAUAAUACAUAUGCUUAGACUGGAUUGUAAGAACAAAUUUCGAAAAGUGGUUGAAAGUUAAUCUUUAGAAAUUUCACUUUUCAGUUAUUUAAAUGUUUAUGUUGGAACUUGAAAACUUUUUUCCUAAUUGCGAUGAUUUUUCUCUAAUAUACUUAGUUAGAAACCUAAAAUUAAGAAUCCUUAAAAUCUUAAAUUUAUUCCUAAAUAUUAAUUUUUAUUUGAAGUUUUGAGAUCAACUGGGAAGAUGGAUUAGUAUUGCUAUUAGUAUUGCUAUUUUAUUAAUUAAUAUUGAAUUAAAAUAUUUUUUAACAUCAUAUCUUUCGUUGAAAAGUGAUUUUGAAUUUUUACUCUGCAUUACUAAAAAUGUAACAUUUGACACGGUUCAUGCGUAAUCAAGUAAAAUACACACAGAACACUAUUUUUUUCAUAAAUUUUGACACUAAAAAUGUUCUUAAUUCUAUAGAUAAUAUUAAAGAGGCAAAUCACUCUAUAAAAAUUAUUUAAAAAACCUUUUAAAAUAUAUUUUAUACUAUCAUUUCAUAUUUUAAAAUCAAUUAUAUGAUUGAAAAAUUUCCAAGCUUUGUUUUAAAUUCAAUUUCUGCUUGACUAACUAUUGUCAUAUUAUAAACAAAUUAUUCUUUAUAUUAAAAUGUAAUGCCAUCUCCGUAGCCUUUUGAUGAUUAUUAUUUUUUUAACUAUACAUAUAACACAUUAGCAUUGAGUUUUAAGCUGAAUGUGGCAGCAAGUGAAUUAUUCUUUUGACUAAUGGCUUGAAACUUAUAUGAAUUAUUCCAAUUGUGAAGUGGGUAUUUCUCACUGGAAUAAAUACCAAUCUCCAUUUUGAAAAGCUCAUGUGGAGGUAACAAAUGUUAAAGGAAAACGAUAGCCGUUUUGUUCUUAUAAAAGUGCUAUAAUAGAAUAACUAUGAAACAUUAUUUGAAGUUAGUGCAAUUCCUAUUAAAAAGAAUCGGCCAGUUUUGUAGCUUUAAUUAAAUGCAGUUUUUCUCAAAUUAAUAUAAAUUGAAUUAAUCCAGUAAAAGAAUGUAAAUAUUUUGAAUUGUUUAUUUAAAUGCCGAGAGAUUCUUGUUCUUGGAAACUUGAAUUAUUCUUUAAAAGAUAAUGAGUAUACUAAUUGAUAACACGAGAAUUUUCCUUAAUUUGUCACAACCCUUUAUUUAGCAACUGCAUUUUAAUUUAUUAUGUCACUUGUAUGUAAAAGAAAUAGAAUAAAAAAAUAGGUUACAUUAAACAAGAAUAAUCUUAGUCUUAAAUCUUUACUAUAAAUUUAGUUUUUGUCUUAUUCUCCAAGUUGAAGUUUGAAACAUCAGUUAUGGGUCAUGAUAAAAUGAAACUCCUACUUUGCUUAUGUUUCUUGUAUUUUUGAUCUGUUAAAUCAUUUACAAACUAUGUAUGUUACGAUUUCAGUGUCUGAACUAAAAAUAGUCAAAGUCUU